AUGUCGCGAGCAGCAGGUCGCCGCCCAGGGCUGUCCGCAGGACAAUUGGCCGCUGCAACCGCAUCUCCUCUCCUGUCUCUGCUGCUGCUGCUCGCCUGCUGUGCGUACACUUGCAGAGGUGUGCCAAUAUCACCUCAAAGAUUACAGCCAGAAAAAGAACUACAGCUGUGGAAUGAGAUGCGUCAAGCUUGUGCGUCCUUUCUGUCUGUUGAUUCCCAGCCUGAGGCAUCUGCUGCACUGAGGAAACUUUGCCGUGUAGUGAUGGAGAUUUCCCAGAAGCCUCAGGAACAAAGUGAGAAAGAUGAUGCUAAGAGGUUCUUGUUUCAUUAUUCGAAGACACAGAAGUUGGGAAAUUCAAAUGUUGUGUCGUCUGUUGUGCAUCCGUUGCUGCAGCUCGUUCCUCAACUGCAUGAGAGAAGAAUGAAGAGAUUCAAAGUGAGCAAAGAAUACCAUGGUCCACUUGCUGCUCACAGUAGGGGGUACUUUUUAUUCAGUCCGCGCAAUGGGAAGAGGUCAACAAGCUUCAUUUAAAAUGGAUGUCAAAUGAUCUGUCAUUGAAAACUC